AUGCAUCUGGUCCACGCCCCCCCCCCUCCUGCCACCCGAAUCGGAGACGGGGAUGGAAAAGUCCGGGGAGCGGUCCCGGCUCGCCAGAGGGCGGAUUUUCAUCCCCGAGCACUCUCAGGUGCUCAAAGGGAGGAUGACCUCGGGCAGUCCCCGGCCACUCCCCCCCCCCCCCCCCCCCGGGCCCUUGUGAAACUCGGGGCUCCCCGCACCUCGCCCCGCCAGCGAGUCCCAGGGCCCCUCCCAGGCACUAUAAAGGCCGCCGCGCCCCGCCGCGCAGCUCAGUCGCAGGACACACCGGGUGUCGGGGGCCGGGAGGUCGCCUGGUCCCUGCAGCCUCCAGCCGCGCUCGCCAGCAGCCCCCGAGCCCUCCCCGGCCCUCCCCGGCCCUCCCCGGCGGGGAGGAGGAUGGAGCCGCGCCGCGCCCCCGCGCUGCUGCUGAGCCUGGGUUUCCACCUUCUCCAAGCGGUUCUCAGCACCACUGUGAUUCCCUCCUGCAUGCCGGGAGAAUCCGAAGAUAAUUGCACGGCAUUAGUUCAGAUAGAAGACAACCCACGUGUGGCUCAAGUGUCAAUAAUAAAGUGUGGCUCUGACAUGAAUGGCUACUGUUUGCAUGGACAAUGCAUCUACCUGGUGGACAUGAGUCAAACGUACUGCAGGUGUGAAGUGGGUUACACUGGUGUCCGAUGCGAGCACUUCUAUUUAACUGUCCAACAGCCCUUGAGCAAAGAAUAUGUGGCUUUGACUGUGAUUCUCAUUAUCUUGUUUCUUAUCAUAGUCGCCGGUUCCCUAUACUACUUCUGCAGAUGGUACAGAAAUCGAAAAAGUAAAGAACCAAAGCAGGAAUACAAAAGGGUGACAUCAGGGGAUCCAGCAUUGCCACAAGUCUGAAUGGUGCCAUCAAGCUACAGACAGGGAUGCGCAGCAUGCCUGGUUAUGUUAGUAUUCCUAUUUUAUUAAUAAUAUUUAUGUUGGAUCAUGUGUUAAGUCAACAAUGGUGCAUUUUUAAUAUAGACACAUUUUUUUAUUUUUUGUUUUAUUUUUGACAGAAUAUUUGCUAAUGUAUAAUGUAUAUAAAACAAAUAAUAUAGAAAAAAAGUUGAUAUUUUUGUAAGAAAUAAUUUCCUGGACUAAACGCUUUCACUCAGUUGCCAGGUAUGCAAUGCCUAGGAGUGAGUGGCAUCCAGUUUGUUGCUCAGGAAGUGUCACAAAUGAUGGAUUUUUGUUAAGCUUAAAUAUAUGGUUAAAUCAACUCAACAAGUAGAUUUUCCUACCCCUCAAACGAUAAUUGGAUUCACCAUAUCGGACUUCGAUGUAUGACUUGGCACCACUGUGUUCUGUAUUAAAACACUAAUGCAAUGGGAAUUGAGGAGAAGCUACAUGUGGGGAACUUACUAAUCCAGGGAGGGCUGUGUCCCUCCACCCCCAUCCUCCGCUGUGACUCCAGGUUUACUGUCUACUGUCCUGUACGCCGAGAGGGCAGUUCCUUAUUCCAACUCAUGGCUCCUGUGGGUACUGGUCACCGAUCUGCAGAUUCUCCUUGCAUUAAAUGAGUUGACAACUUCAUUCUAUACCACCUUUUAUGUAAAUAGUAGGUAUUAUAUAGCUUCGUGAUGUUUCUUUUCUUUUCUUUUCAGACGUUUCUUUUCUUUUCAGAUUCUUUUCUUUUCUUUUUUAUGAGACAAUAAAAAAGAUAUCCACACUUGGAGCCAAAAUUUGGGCUUCUUUUUAUGAGUAUUUAUUUUCAUAGGGACUUUGAUUAAGAAUCCUAAGAUUAUAUAGUAGUCCAAAAUUUGAUGAAUUUGAGGGAUUGGUCACCAUUUUAAAGCGUAAGACAGUAAUUCUAUAUAUUGUCCAAACAUGGAAAUACAGUUAUUUCAUCUUCUUUGCAAGAGAGUUUUAUUUUUAUUUUUUAUUUUUUAAGAUUUUUUAUUUAUUUAUUCAUGAGAGACACAGAGAGAGAGAGAGAGAGGGAGGCAGAGACACAGGAAGAGGGAGAAGCAGGCUCCAUGUAUGGAGCCUGAUGUGGGACUUGAUCCUGGGUCUCCAGGGUCACACCCUGGGCUGAAGGCAGCGCUAAACUGCUAAGCCACCAGGGUUGCCCUGUAAGAGAGUUUUAGUGUAAAACAAUGCAGUAAGUAGCUCCUUCUACAAUUUAAAGAUAUAUUUGUAAAAUGAUAUCUUGAAGGAGGAAGUGGAAUAAUAUUUUCCCAAAUGAACAAAUUCAUUUGAAAAGUUUUAAAAAUUUAGAGACUUAACCAUGCCUUCUUUUGGAGACUGGGAUGAAUCUAGGGCCCGGUUUUCUGUCUUUUGUUUGUUUUGGGGGGAAGAGACAAAAGUUUCUCUUGUGUUUGAGCCCAUGGUCUCAGUGAGUUCCUAAGGGUACUUGGGGCAACCACAGAAGGAGCUGCAGCUCUCAGCAUCUCCCGGUCUCAGGGGAGACUGCCUCAUUGAAUACUAGACCUUUGAGUAGAGUCUCUCAGGAUCACACACCUUGCUGGGAGGGACUAUUCUUUUUUUCAUCUUUUUUUCCUGGCAGGUGCUAGGGCAACAACGAGAAAGUAAACAAUGCCUGACUUCUGAAGUGCCAGGUGCCAGGACUUGCCUUCAUAUGUAUCCCUUCAUUUGUCCUCCGGUGUUUCAUGUGACUAUUUUCCAAAGUGCUGGAUCUGGUCCCUUACUAUAGGGGAAAAACACAUGCGUGUGUGUGUGUGUGUGUGUGUGUGUGUGUGUGUGUAAUAUAUACAUACAUAAAAAUAUACAAAUGUAUAAAAUAUACAAAUUCAUAUGCAAAUACACACCUGUACACAUAAGCUCAAUCAUAGAAUUAGUCAUUUGUUGCUCUUUCAAAAAUAUGUAAAACUUAAAAACGAGAAACAGAGAAACAAAAUAAAAAUUCAGGAAGAUCUAAAAGCACAUUUCUGUCUCACAUUUAAUAUAGCUAAAAUCAAAUGUGCUGUGUAAGAAUACAUUUUAAGUCCCUCACAUUGUUAUUGACACCUACUAGCUGUAAAUGAAGUCUGCCUAUUUUAAGUGAUCUUGACUGUGUCGAAGAAAAUCAGUUUACUGAGAAAUCAACAGCAAUUCACUUAUUAUAUUUACAAAAAGGGAGUUAUAUUGGUUUGUCUUAAACAUCCUAUUUCAUAUCAUAUAACUAAUUGUAUCUAGUUUGCAAUGUUUUUAAUCCUUACUUAAGGGUGCUUAAAAAACUAGUCCCUGUAAAAGCUAAAUCUUUAUAGAUGUAUAUUAAAAUUUUUUUAAAAAAUAUGACCUAGAUUGCGUUCUAUGGAUGAAAAAAGACAGAAAUAAUUGUUUUAAUGAGGAUAAUGCUGAGCAAACAUAGCAGAUGAUUGCCAUCAGCUCAGAUUUCCUACAAACAAUGGAAAGAUUUGGAUUAAUAUUUAGUCUAUCUUCCUUAUCUUACAGAUUCUCACUAUAUAUAUUUGUAGCAGAGCCUAUAUAUCCAACAUACUGAGAACAAUGCUUUCAGGCACCAAAUCAAUAUUUAUGCUGGAAACAGAUGCACUAGUUUCUACUUUCUGUUGAAUUCAGUAAUCUUGUUUUGAAAAGCUCAUCUGUGAUCCACAUUGUCAUUUUUACUCCAAUAACCACUCUGUAGACUUUGAAGGGAAAAAGAUGUGUUUACCCCCUGCCCAAUAUUUUCUGGUUUUUUUUCUACUCUUAUUCAUAUGGGAGAAGGGGAGUAACGACUUGCAAAGCACUGUACAUUUUUAAUGUUUUAGCAAUAAAUAAUUUUAUCUAAAACAUGUCUGUUAUUCAAACUGGUUAAUGCUAAAUGUAAGAUAGUGCAUUUUUAUCUUUGCUGUUUUUGCACUUUGUAAUUGCACUUUUUAAGUUUGAAGAGCCAUUUUGGUAUACAGUUUAUAUUGAAGAUGCUAUGGAACAUAAACUUGUAAUGCAUGCAGUUUAACUUAUUUGAGAAUGGAUUUUAUCAGAGUACUGAAUUGUAUCAAUUUGUUUGUGUUCAGUAUCAACUUUGAUAAUUGUGUACCUUAAGAUAUUGAAGGAGAAUAUAGAUACUUCACAAGAUGUUGUUAAUGUUUAUUUAUUUUUGUUGGCAACUAGAAAAAAACAUGACUGAAAAAGAAAAAUACAUUAAAUAUCAUGCA